AUGUCCUUUCCUAGCGUUGAUCCAUAUCCAGUACCCUUCUUCAUCUGCUUCUCUAAGCCUUCUCCUCACAUCUACACAUCAGGCUCGUUGAAAUUGGAGAACACGCCUCCUCAAGUGUCUUUUUCCACUACUACGGUUGUUGAGGCCAAUGAUGAUCAUUAUGUUGAUGGUUUGUUAGAUGAGGUUAGAGAAGAAGAUUGUGGUACAGAGGAAAAGGAAGAAGAGUGCGUCUUUGAGGAGAAACAAGAAGAAGAGCAAGGUCAAUGUCAUGGUGAGAUCUUGAAAAGCAGUCUCAGGAAGAAGGCUUUAGAUGGGAGAAUGGAGAGGAAGCAGGUACAGUGGGUGGAUGUGAUGGGGAAAGAACUUGCUGAGAUCCGUGAAUUCGAGUGUAGUGAAGAAGAUGAUAUCAGAUAUGAUGGUGAUAAAAGCUGUGCUUGCAUCAUUCUGUGAUCAAUCUACAU